AUGGAUAUGCUCAAAAAGGUUGGGCGUUGGUUCGCUCCGCCCCCAAACAAGGCCGAGGAUGGUCGUGAUGCAUGGCCCUCACGGGCGGCCUUUCUUCUCGCGUCUAUGGGAGGUUGCGCCGGAAUGGGCAAUCUGCUUCGCUACCCGUCCCAGGUUUACAACAAUCAUGGAUUGCAGUGGUACAUUCCGUACCUAAUGGCUGUGUUCCUUCUGGCGAUUCCUGUGCUGGUGCUUGAGAUUGCUAUUGGGCAAGCCUACCGAGGAGGCAGUGUGGUCGCAUACAACAAUAUCAAUCAACGACUUAAAGGCACCGGUCUCAGUCUUCUAUAUGUCGGAUUUGUGGUGGGGCCAUACUUUGUCGUCAACUUGGCAUGGAUCAUGAACUAUUUCCGACAAUCCUUCACAAGUCCCCUGCCCUGGACCAACAGAGGAGACGAGUUCUUUAACCAAGAUGUGGUCGCCAACAUUGAUCCGAUCGAGGGAAAUCUCACUGCCGAUGGCAGUGCCGUACUCAACUACACCCAGUAUCCGGGCACAGCCCUGAUCGGUGAGACGGUUGGGUGGACCAUCUUCACUUGGUUCCUCUGCUGGCUUUGCAUCUUUCGCGGUGUUGGCCUUACUGGUCGAGUCGUUUACUUUACUAUGGGCCUACCCAUUGUAGUCACCAUUGUUCUCAUUGGCCGAUCUGUCUCACUGGAAAAUGCAGGUGAAGGAGUGAAGCUAUAUUUCGCAACAUGGCGAGGCUCUCAACUUGCGCGGGGACAGGUUUGGCAGACGGCUUGUGGACAAGUUUUCUUCUCAACCGGCGUUGGAUUUGGUUACUUUACAUCCUAUGCAUCGUACAACAGACAAUACUCCAAUGCAGUUAUGGAUUCUAUCCUGAUUGUCUGCAGCAAUGUGUUGUUCGAGAACAUCGCCGCGUUCGCUGUUUUUGGAGUUGUUGGGUAUCUCGGAAUGUAUCCCGACCCCGCAAAUCCGAUCGGAGGAUUCACAAUCGGAUUUCUUACCCUUCCUCUUGCUGUUACCGAAAUGCCUGGUGCGAACUUCUGGGCCGUCGCCUUGUUUUUCACUCUGAUGGUACUAGGUUUCAGUUCGGCAUUUGCCAUGCUCGACGCUGUCGUGACUUUGGUCAUGGACACCGGUAUCAAAUAUUCACGGCCUAUCGUCGUCACAGCCCUCACCAUUCUCUCCUUCCUCUUUUCUCUCCCUUACUGCACCCAAUUUGGUUACGCUUUAUUAUCUGGAGUCGAUAAAUGGACGAAUGACGUUGCUCUGGUAUUCGUAGUGUUUGCCGAAUGCGUCACAUCUACGACCGUGUAUCGUUGCAAAGAUGUUAUUGGGCAGGUUGGAAGACCUGCUUUCAUCAUUUACAAUACUGGAUACAUUUUAGGGAUGGUCCUUGGAGUCGCAAUUGCGCACGCUGUUCACCCCGGUGCUGGAGCUGGCGUUGGCUUUGGCCUUUUCUUCGCGGGGUGCAUCGCUUCAGUCUUCAUCGGAAAAACCCCUGAUUCUGUUGCCCCAAGAUUUUGGGGUAAGAAUGCGUACAUGAGCCGGUUGUGGUACCUUGCAUUCUACUCUGUAAGUUCUCUUUCUUACUCUGGAAACCAACUCCGCCGAGACCUGAACGUUAUCGUCGGCCAGGGCAAAAACUGGAGUAUUCCGAUAUUUUGGCCGGUACUAUUGCGAUACAUCUCAGGCCCAAUUCUCGCCAUUGUCUAUGGAUUCUCGUACCCUGCGUUCUACAAGCUCCGUUACGAUCCUCUCCACAUCCUCGGCUUUGGUGUCGGCCACAUCGCCUUGCUACUCAUCUUUGGCAGUUUCAUCGUUCCAAGGUGGUACGACGUCUUGAUCCCUCCAAAGCGACGGAACGAGGGCAAGUUAGCAUACGCUCCUAAUGUAACAAUUGGGGCAGAUGAAGCGCAAGCUGUUGCGGCUGGGAACUUGGAACAAGGCCAGCCUGAAGAGACAGUGGAGCGGAAAGAAUCGCCCACUACUCCUCCGAAAGAUCUUGUCACUACGGAUGACAAGAGAGCCACCGCUUGA